AUGAAUAAAACUAAAAGAAAGCUAUCAGUCAAAAUAUACUUUGCAGUAGUAUAUUUUUAUUUUAUACUAGCUGCUAGAGUAAAAGCAACUACUGAUGACAAACCAGAAACAGAAAAAUUACAACUUGAUGAAUAUAUAGAUCUUGAUAUUCCUGAGUUUUAUGGCAAAAGAGCUAUUUCGGAGCUCACACUAGAAGAGCUUCAGCUUGCGAUUCAAAAUAUAGAGCACAAAUUAAACGUUUUAUAUUCUGCGCAUCUUCCUGAGACUUCAGAUCAAGCUACCACAGCUGACACUAAGGGAAGCCCGAUAGAAGAUCCAUCUCUUCCUGGUGAUGAAGCUAAUUCAAGCAAACAGGAUGACUUCUUAAAAACUGAAGGUUUAUCUAGCUCAAAGCCAUCUGAGGACAAUUUAAGCUCAACCAAAACUGCUGAUUUAGAUGCACCCUAUCCAGAGGAGCAAUUUGAUAAUGCUGCAUUGGAAGAAAAGCCAGAAUCAACUGUUGAUGACUCUGCUGUGAAGGAAAAUGAAAACUCACUAACAGAAAAAGAUCUUUCUAUGGAUGAUCCUUUAACUGAAGGAACCAACAGUUUUAUAGUAGACGAGCCAACCAGUGAGAAAGAUAGUACAGUUUUUGAUCCAGAGGAAGGAUCUAAAAGCAAAGAUUCAACUGAAAAACUCAGUGAAGUAUCUAAAUCUAGCUUAGAUGAAGUAAAUGACAAUGCGCAAGAAGGUUUAAACCAGUCUGAGUCUAAGCCAGUAACAACUGACGAACUUAUUCAGCCUGAUCCAGUAACAUCCAAUGAAAGUAUAAACCAGCUUGAGUCUAAGCCAGUAACAACUGAUGAAUUCACUCAGUCUGAUCCACUGCUAUCCAAUGAAAGUACAAACCAGUUUGAGUCUAAGCCAGUAACAACUGGCGAAUUCACUCAGUCUGAUCCAGUAACAUCCGAUGAAACUACUGACUCUGAUCUAGUAACAUCCGACGACAGUAUAAGCGAGUCUGAGUCUGAUCCAGUAACAUCCGAUGACAGUAUAAGCGAGUCUGAGCCUGAUCCAGUAACAACUGACGAAAUCACUGAA